CGCACUUCCGGUCUCUAUGGUUUCUCAUCAGGCCCACUUUCUUUCUCCGAUAGUCGUCCAGGUUACGGGGCGCUAGCGUGGGGAACGACUGGAAAGCAGCUAGAGAGGCAGGCUUUGAGGUUGCCAAGGAGCGGCUGGCGGCUGAUCUUCCGUUUCCGGUAACUGAGGCACGAGGAUCCCGGCGUUCCAACUCAGCGGGAAAAUGCGGCCUCUGACUGAAGAGGAGACGCGUGUAAUGUUUGAGAAGAUAGCAAAAUACAUCGGGGAGAAUCUGCAGCUGCUGGUCGACAGGCCCGACGGCACCUACUGUUUCAGGCUGCACAACGAGCGGGUGUACUACGUGAGUGAGAAGAUUUUGAAGUUGGCCGCCAAUAUCUCCGGUGACAAGCUGGUGUCGCUGGGGACGUGCUUCGGAAAAUUCACGAAGACCCACAGGUUUCGGUUGCACAUCACAGCUCUGGAUUACCUGGCACCGUAUGCCAAGUAUAAAGUGUGGAUAAAACCUGGAGCAGAGCAAUCCUUCCUGUAUGGAAACCAUGUGCUGAAAUCUGGACUUGGUCGAAUCACCGAAAAUACUUCUCAGUACCAGGGAGUCGUGGUGUACUCCAUGGCAGACAUCCCUUUGGUGGGGAGUCACAGCAUAAUAAAGACAACUAGAACCUUGUGUUCAUUUAAAACCUGACCCCCUUUACAAAAGGAAAUGAACAAACAAGAAAAACAAGUCCCCAGUAUGACCAAGUACCCACCUCAUAACUGAAAUAGAAGUAUCCAGUCUGGUGGGCAAAUUGCCAAAAGCAUUCUGUGCCUCCUGGAGGGAUCAUGAUGGCAAAGUCGUAUCGAUCCGCACCAUGGAAGAGGGGCUGGUCCCCAGAGCCACUAAGAGGUUCUGUCUUCUGGCUCCUUGCAGAGCUCACUAGGUUCAGAACCACCAGUCCAGCCCCAAAGAGCAAGGGGAACAUGCUGCUCUCUGGAGACCGCUCUAACUGCUUGCAGCAGCCCAGUGGAACCAAGCAGUUCAGACAACUGCUGGGAUAAUCAUUAACUCUGCAAGUCACACGUAGGCCAGUCUCAGGGCCACACAUAGAUAUUCCAGAAGAGAACUGGCAUGGUACCCCACGUUUGGCUCACAGGAAGGAUUUUUGCUUUCACCUCAAAAACUCAGUGGCUUACCAGACCUACUUCACGGGUGCUAGGUAGAAUCUAUUACUUCAGAAGAGAGAUUUCCACCCCUCCUUUGGGCUGUCAUUUUUCAGUUCUUGCCUCUUGGGGGGUAAACAUUAGGCAAAUUUAUUUACAACCACCUGAAUGUACGGACUCAUUUCUCAGUACACAGUGGCUGGGGAGAUUUUUCUCACUUGUAUCAAAUUGCUAGAUGAUACCUGUCGCUCCUAUAAGAUGUGAGGGGCAACACCUGUUUCAACAGACCUCCUUCUGCCCGGUGCUACAGCUUAGGAGAGCAGAGCACAGCAUGGAAGUGUGUGUAAAAAUUUAAAUGAAGAGUGAGCAAGAGACAGUGGUCAAACCGCUCCACUGAUAAUCCUCCUCAUUCUGCUACCUUCCACCUGACUGAUACAAUCAUCUAAAGCUAUCCAAAAUCCACUUAAAGACUAUUAUAGGGACUUCCCUGGUGGCGCCGUGGUUAAGAAUCUGCCUGCCAAUGCAGGGGACACAGGUUCGAUCCCUGGUCCGGGAAGAUCCCACAUGCCGCGGAGCUGCUAAGCCCGUGCGCCACAACUACUGAGCCUGCGCUCUAGAGCCUGUGAGCCACAACUACUGAGCCCUCGUGCCACAACUACUGAAGCCCGCAUGCCUAGAGCCUGUGCUCUGCAACAAGAGAAGCCACAGCAAUGAGAAGCCCGCUCACCGCAACGCAGAGUAGCCCUGCUCGCCGCAACUAGAGAAAGCCCGCAUGCAGCAACAAAGACCCAGUGC